AGGCACCAGCAUGAGCUGCCUCAUACACUUGCAGUAAGAGGGAAAAGUACAUAUCUCCAUAGGAACAGGAGAAACAAUACCCACCAGGCGCUCACACACUUGGUGCAUUCUCCCUUGUCUAAUAAUAGUUUUCUUCAGGUUAUAUACAGCAAUAUAAUUUGGGAAUGACAGACAACAGGAAAAAAAGACAUGCAGUGUUGACGGUCAUGAGUUUAUUAUGCGAGUGUUAUUGUAAGAAAAUGUCCCUGUACAAACAGAUGAGCUGAGCGCAUUGAUGUGCACUUCUCCAAGACGUCGGAGGUGGGAGCUGUUUGCUGGACGACAUGAGAUUUAACCAGCUUCAGGGAAAAAAAAAAAGAAAACAGACCCGUGGUACACUUGGAAAACUCUGGCAGAAGACAGAGGGACACAUGCAAAUAAAAGAGAGCGCAGCUGAGUUCAAAUCAAACAACAAAAACUUGGAUCAAGUGGUUUCAAAGCGAGAGGAAAACGAGAAAGACAAGUGCCGGAGCUCUGGCUGGGUACAGUGACAGGAUGCUUUCUGAUCUCCUGUGUUUGGAUGAUUCAGGAGAGGGCAGAGGGCAUUCAGAGUCAUACCUGUGAAGCCGUCUCCAUGGAAAUGUGCUGACAAAAGCGCUUUGCAUUUUAAACCCGCGGGACAGAGGAGGACGGGGAGGAUGCUGCAGUGAGGAUACAGAAGAAGCUGGGUUUGCAUAGAUUAUAUCAGGCAGUGUGGAGUAGUGCUGGAGGCUUCAGGGCGGCUGUGUGCUGUGCUGAAGUUCCCGAGAGGCAGAGUGGCAGUCACUCACAGAGAAACACUUGUGCAGAAAGAGCACCGGCGCUCUUUCUCAGAAGGAUAUAAAAACUCAGUCUCACACCUUUGCCGCUUUGCACGGGCGUGUUCGUUGUGGCAGCACAUCAGGGAUUUGAAAUAGGCGGCCCGGUGCUGGCGUGAUGGUGGUGGUGUUGCCUCAGGAGUGGACCUGGCACGCUGUUCUCCUGGUGACUGGACUGGCAUCACUGAGCCGUGGGUCUGAUGCCAACAUGUUGGACACCAUGCUGCUGAAGAACGGAUGGAAGGGGGGAUCGGAGCGAAGGGCGGAGGAGAGCAGCAGCACAGUCACAGUUUCAGCUCAGAACAUGCUUUGGUGCCAUUGCUACCACCACUGCCCUGAAGACUCUGUCAACAACACUUGCAUGACUGAUGGUUACUGCUUCACCAUGGUGGAGGAGGAGGAGGGCGGUGUGGCUGUACUCACUGCAGGUUGCUUAGGACUGGCUGGUUCUGAGUUCCAGUGCAGAGACACAGGGAAUGCGCGUUCCAGGAGAGCUCUCGAGUGUUGCACAGAUCAGGACUAUUGCAACAGAGACUUGCAUCCCACUCUUCCUCCGCUCGUGACGUCAGAUUAUGUGGACAGCAGUAUCCAGUACAUGGCUCUCUUCAUUUCAGUCACAGUCUGCAGCAUCAUCCUUGGCCUCAUCCUCGUCUUUUGCUACUUCAGAUAUAAGCGCCAGGAGUCACAGCCACACUACAGUAUCGAUCUGGAGCAGGAUGAGACCUACAUCCCCCCUGGGGAGUCUCUGAAGGACCUGAUAGAGCAUUCCCGGAGCAUCGGGUCUGGCUCUGGGUCAGGACUCCCUCUACUGGUGCAACGAACCAUCGCCAAGCAGAUUCAGAUGGUUAAGCAGAUCGGAAAAGGGCGAUACGGAGAGGUCUGGAUGGGCAAAUGGAGAGGGGAAAGAGUGGCCGUCAAAGUCUUCUUCACCACAGAGGAAGAGAGCUGGUUCAGAGAGACUGAAAUUUAUCAGACCUUCCUGAUGAGGCAUGACAACAUACUCGGAUUCAUAGCAGCCGACAUUAAAGGAACUGGUUCGUGGACUCAGCUCUACCUGAUCACAGACUACCACGAGAAUGGAUCCUUAUAUGACUACCUCAAAUCCAACACCUUAGAUGUCAAGUCUCUGCUGAAACUGGCCUAUUCCUCCAUAUCAGGCCUCUGUCACCUGCACACUGAGAUCUAUGGUACACAGGGCAAACCAGCCAUCGCACACAGAGACCUGAAGAGUAAAAACAUCCUGGUUAAAAAGAAUGGAUCCUGCUGUAUAGCAGACCUGGGGCUGGCUGUCAAGUUUAAUAGUGACACUAAUGAAGUGGAUAUCCCUCCCAACCUACGUGUUGGUACAAAGCGCUACAUGCCGCCUGAAGUCUUGGAUGAGACCCUGAACAGGAGCUAUUUCCAGUCUUUUAUAAUGGCUGACAUGUAUAGUUUUGGCCUCAUUGUUUGGGAGAUGUCACGGCGUUGCAUUUCUGGAGGCAUUGUGGAGGAGUAUCAGCUGCCCUAUCACGACCUUGUGCCCACCGAUCCUUCCUAUGAGGACAUGAGAGAAGUGGUCUGCAUUAAGAAACAAAGACCUUCAUUUGCAAAUCGUUGGAGCAGUGAUGAGUGUCUACGACAGAUGGGAAAACUAAUGUCAGAGUGCUGGGCUCACAACCCAGCCUCUCGCCUCACAGCCCUGAGGGUGAAGAAGACCCUGGCGAAGAUGUUAGAGUCCCAAGACAUCAAAAUGUGACAGAGAGUCAAGAGAGAUGCUCUCAUCAUCUAGAGACUUGUCACUGCCACUGGCACAGCGCCACUUACACUGGCCAAUAUGAAAGAGACGGUGAAUGAUAGGACAAUGGAAACUGACAGGGAGGAUGAGCGAUGGACAUGAUGGCCAACAGGGAGCGAGAAAAAUGAGAGGCAAAAGAUUUAUUAUGUCGGGAGAUCUGACCUCCCAUUGUCUGAGUCACCUCUGCCUCAGAUCAAGUGUUCAGGUUGUGCUUUCUGUGAAAGCUGAGUAGUUGUCAGGUCCAGACUGUCCAAAUGGACAGGCGGACAGGGACCUUUGCAGGAGAGGACCAAAAUCCCUCUGAUCAGUUCAACACAGAGGAAGCUCCUGCUCUGCCCUUCUAAAGCCAUAAAGCAGUAUUCCAUGUGCAGUUUUUUGUACCGUCACAGCUGCCUUCAUGUUUUGUUUUGUUUGACUCAGUCACUGCAUGCUGUAAACUGUCUUUCAGUUCACUUUCAAUUCCAUCCAUAGUGGCUGUCAUCCAUCCAAAGAAAUGUCUAGUUCAUGCCCAGUGACCUCAAAGAUGUUAUUAUUAUUAUUAUUAUUAUUAUUAUUAUUAUUAUUAUUAUUGCAAAGCAAGGCAAAUUAAGACUAAAUUAAUGAAAAACAUUUCUAGCAGAAACUGAAUUUUUCUAUAUAAUAGGGGUGGUUAAUCGGUCCAGUUUCCUGAUUUGAUUAUGAUUAUUGAGGUCUCGAUUAGAUUACCAAUCAAUUACUGAGUUUCCGUUUGAAUAGUAAUCCAAAAUACGCCAUAAACAUAUUGCACCAUUUAAAAAACAGUCACCUGACUUACUCAACUUCUCUUUUAUUGAGAAACAUCUCAAAGCACCUUCAGUAUUGUGUAGUAUAGCUGUAACUUCCAAAUUGUUUUGUUUUGGUUUUU